CCCGCUGCAGCCCGAGCGUGCAAGACGCGCAUGGUGAGGGAGCCUGGGCGGGGUGUGCAAAGAGGGAGCAAGGCAGGGCGCACCGUGGAAACUGAGGCGGGAGGCGCGGAGUUGGAGGCGAGCCUGGGCUUCGUACUCAGGGGAGAGAGACGGAAGGAGGGCGGAUUGCAGAUCCAAGAGUCAAAGGGAGGAAGAAAGAGAAAAGGAAGGAGGGCCAGCAAGGAGAGCGAAGGUGCUUGAUGCCAAACUGGAGUGCUCAAGUUUGGUCCACAGGAUCCACAAGGCGGGAGGAGAGAACGGACUCCCGAGCAGCCAUGUCUGUGCAGGUGGCAGCCCCGGGAAGCGCGGGGCUGGGCCCAGAGCGCCUGAACCCCGAGGAGCUGGUGCGGCAGACGCGACAGGUUGUACAGGGACUGGAGGCCCUGCGUGCCGAGCACCAUAGUUUGGCGGGGCACCUGGCGGAGGCCCUGGCGGGACCGGGACCUGUGCCUGCUGUGGAGCUGCUGGAAGAGAAGCAACAGGUGGUGAACCACUCGCUGGAGGCCAUCGAGCUGGGGCUGGGGGAGGCCCAGGUGCUGCUGGCCCUGUCCGCACAUGUGGGUGUGCUGGAGGCUGAGAAGCAGAGGCUGCGGGCACAGGCACGGAGGCUAGCUCAAGAGAACACAUGGCUUCGAGAGGAGCUGGAGGAGACACAGAGGCGACUGCGGGCCAGUGAGGAGGCUGUGGCCCAGCUGGAGGAGGAGAAGAGCCACCUCCAGUUCCUGGGGCAGCUGAGGCAGUAUGACCCGCCCGAGGAGAGCCAGAGGCCCGAGUCCCCCCCUCGCAGAGACAGCCUGGCGUCUCUGUUCCCCAGUGAAGAGGAGGAAAAGAAAGGUCCUGAAGCAGCAGGAGCAGCAGCGGCGCAGCAGGGCGGCUAUGAGAUCCCAGCUCGUCUGCGGACGCUGCACAACCUGGUCAUCCAGUACGCCGGCCAGGGCCGCUACGAGGUGGCGGUUCCCCUAUGUCGCCAGGCUCUGGAGGACCUGGAGCGGAGCUCGGGCCACUGCCACCCUGACGUGGCCACCAUGCUCAACAUCCUGGCGCUCGUGUACAGGGACCAGAACAAGUACAAGGAAGCCACCGAGCUCCUCCACGAUGCCCUGCAGAUCCGGGAGCAGACGCUGGGCCCCGAGCACCCUGCAGUGGCUGCCACCCUCAACAACCUGGCUGUCCUCUAUGGAAAACGCGGGCGUUACCGGGAGGCAGAGCCCCUCUGCCAGCGCGCUCUGGAGAUCCGUGAGAAGGUCCUGGGUGCAGACCACCCUGAUGUGGCCAAGCAGCUCAACAACCUGGCCCUGCUGUGCCAGAACCAGGGCAAGUUCGAGGACGUGGAGCGGCACUACGCGCGCGCCCUGAGCAUCUACGAGGCCCUAGGGGGCCCGCAUGACCCAAAUGUGGCCAAGACCAAGAACAACCUGGCCUCAGCAUACCUGAAGCAGAACAAGUAUCAGCAGGCAGAGGAGCUGUACAAGGAGAUCCUCAGCCAGGAGGCACUGCCCGCCCCACUUGGAGCCCCUCAGGGAGGCACAGCCGGUGACACCCAGCAGCAGGUCCUGCGCAGGAGCAGUUCCUUCUCUAAGCUCCGCGAGUCCAUCCGGCGUGGAAGCGAGAAGCUGGUCUCCCGCCUCCGAGGGGAGGGCACAGCAGGGACUGCCGGGAUGAAGAGAGCAGUGUCACUCAGCGUGCUGAACACGGACGGCCCGAGGGCUGCCAGGCCGCAGCUCUCCACCCGGCACCUGAGCGAGGCCGCUCGGACCCUCAGCGCCAGCACACAGGAUUUGAGCCCGCGCUAAGUGGACUGGUGGCAGUGGCCACAGCCUCAGGGACAGGAAGGGUGGGUGGUCACCCUGCACCCUGCCUGGCAGCACUUGUAGAUGGGAGCCUGUGAUCCUCCCUGCAAUUAAAGGCUGUGCACUGUACUGGGAGUUCGCCGAGGGCCCUGGGACCCUCUAGCACCUGGGGCCGCAGGCGUCCCCACGCAGUCCGGGUUCAGA